AUGGACAAUUUUAAGACGAAUGCUAACACUGUGGAUGAUUUGGUCCUUCUUUCUGCUGUCACACAUGAUGAUAUUAUCAAUACUUUGCGUGAUAGAUACGGUAAAGGUCAAAUUUACACUUAUAUCGGUGAAGUAUUGUUAGCUGUAAAUCCUUAUCGAAACUUACCUAUCUAUGGAUCUGAUAUGGUACGUAAGUAUAAGGGACAUGAAAUCUAUGAACGUUCACCGCAUGUAUUUGCAAUUGCUGAUGUGACAUACCGAUCGAUGAAAUGGCAUGAACAUGAUGUUUGUAUCGUCAUUUCUGGUGAAUCCGGUGCUGGUAAAACAGAAACAAGCAAAAUAAUUAUGCGUUAUCUUGCCGCAAUUACAAAUGCGGAAAAGCAGCAUGAAAUUGAAAGAGUGAAAAAUAUCCUCAUCCGGUCAACAGCUCUUUUGGAAUCGUUGGGAUGUGCGAUGACCAAUAAAAAUGAUAAUUCAAGCCGUUUCGGCAAAUACAUGCAUAUAAACUUCAAUUUUCAAGGCGAUCCAUUUGGUGGUCAUAUCAGUAGCUAUUUGCUGGAAAAGUCACGUGUCAUACGUCAGCAACACGGUGAACGUAAUUUCCAUAUUUUUUAUCAACUUCUGGCUGGAAUGGACAUUGACCGUUUGCAUAUGUUGCAUUUACAACGUGAUCCUCAGAAGUACUUUUAUCUAAAUCAAGGCCAAACGAUUAUCGCAAAUACAAUAGACGAUAAAAGUUCGUUUAAUGAAGCUUUACAAGCAAUGCAAGCAAUUGAAACAUUUGUUCCAAAUUCUGAACAACAGGUAUGGAAUAUCUUGGCAAGUAUUUUGUUAUUGGGUAAUCUUAAAUUUACCGAAAAUGAAACAAAUACCGAUGAAAGUUUCGUCAAAGAUCGUGAUGAACUUCGAAUUUGCGCCAAUGUAUUGCAAGUAAAAACUGAAGAGUUAGAGAGAGCAUUAUGCAUGCAGGUGAUUGCAGCCAAAGACGAUGUUGUCUCAAAGCGUCAUGAUGUCAACGCAGCUGAAUAUACAAGGGAUGCGCUUGCUAAGGCAAUUUAUGAGAGAUUAUUUACAUGGAUUAUUGGAAAAAUUAAUCAAGCAAUUAAUGUUAAAAAUGUUGGUAAAAAUGCCGUUAUUGGUGUGCUUGAUAUUUAUGGAUUUGAAAUAUUUGCCAUAAACAGUUUUGAACAAUUUUGUAUCAAUUAUUGCAAUGAGAAAUUGCAACAACUUUUCAUCGAAUUGGUGCUAAAUCAAGAGCAAGAAGAGUAUAAACGAGAAGGAAUUGAAUGGCAACAAAUUCAAUUUUUUAACAAUAAAGAAAUUUGUGAUUUGGUUGAAAUACCUCGUACAGGAAUUUUGGCAAUGUUGGAUGAGGCAUGUUAUACAGUUGGUCCAAUGAAUGAUAAGAUUUUUUUAGCUGAAAUGGACAAAGUGUUGAAUAAGAAUAAGUACUAUAUAAGCCGUCGAUUAAAUCCAACUGAUAAAACAUUAGCAUUCGAAAGAGAUUUUCGAAUUACUCAUUAUGCUGGUGAUGUAACAUAUGAUGUUAAUGGUUUUAUUGAUAAAAAUCGUGAUACACUUUAUCAGGAUCUUAAAAGACUCUUAUAUAACAGCAAUAAUCCAGUGUUACGGGAAAUAUUUCCAGAUGGAGCCAAAUCUGUAACAGAAGUUAAUAAGAAGCCAUUAACUGCUGGUACAGUAUUCAAGAAUUCGAUGUAUGAUUUGGUGCAACAACUUUCUGCUAAAGAACCUCAUUAUAUUCGUUGUAUUAAACCAAAUGAAAUCAAAUCAAGUACAUCGUUUGAUACAGUAGGUGUUGGACAUCAGGUUCGUUAUUUGGGACUAUUGGAAAAUGUACGUGUACGACGAGCAGGUUUUGCAUAUAGAAUUACUUAUGAAAGAUUCUUACAAAGGUAUAAAAUGCUCUCAAAGAAUACCUGGCCAAAUCCAUCUAAAGGUUCAGCAAGAGAAAAUACAAAUGUAUUAUUGGGAAAGUUUGAUUUACGCAAAGAUUGUGUCAAUGGUGCAACAAAAUUAUUCAUUCGAAGUCCACGAACGGUAUUCAAAUUGGAAGAUUUACGUCAACAAAAAAUGACGGAUAUUGUCAUCAUAUUACAAAAACAUUGGAGAGGAGCAAUUGGAAGGUAUCGUUUUAAGCGUAUGAAGCAAAUAUAUACUAUCAUGUAUUGCUAUCGAAAAUAUAAGCUAGGAAGAUAUUUGAUGACAUUGAUGGAACACUUUUGUGAUAUGGAAAAAAGGUGCGAUUUGGGAAGUAGCAUACAAUGGCCAAUUGCGCCGAGCGGUUUCGAAAGUUUGGACAAUAAAUUAAAGCAAAUGUAUGCCAUUUGGCGUGCAAAUCAAAUUGUUGAUCGUAUGCCAUUAGUGCUGAAAAAAUCAUUGAAUGAAAAAAUGGCCGCUUUUCAUGCUCUGGAAAAUAAACGUCCAGAAUGGGGUUUCUUACGAUCAUGGAAAGGAGAUUAUCUAAAUAUGGAUGAUGAAAUCAAACCACCUAGUCAAAGACAUGAUUAUCUUUUGGAAUUAGACAAUAUACGACGAAAUAAUAAUUUCUCAAAAGUACUCUUCUCAUCUUACAUUCAGCUUAUUGGUCUUAAUAUAUCGAAAAAAAUGGAUAAUACGGUAAUUUUUCAUCUUGGCAGUAAUGAUUUUAUUGGUUGUUUAUACAAUCACAAAAAUGAGGAUCGUGUUGGAGAAGUAGUUGGAAUUUUAUGUGCGCAUUUUGAAAGGAAAUUUAAUAAAAAAUUGAAAGUAACAGUUGGAGAACUACAAUGUACGCUUGGUUCUAAAGGACGUUCAAUUCGUAUUCAUUUGAGUGAUAAGAUUACUGAUGGACAUUCGACAUUUCGAAAGCAUGGCAGUACUCAAAUCGAAUUGACCUGUCCUGCAGUAUCAGCCUGA